AGCUGGGCUUUGACAAGUGAUCCAGGACCGCAGUACUACGAGGAUUUUGGUGCUGAUAUCCGGGACUUCGAGUUAGCAUAUAGUAUAUCUGCGCCAUGGUCUUCAGAUAAUGCAGUGUUUGGGUUCUGGAUUGGGAUCAAUGAAUAUCUUAUAUGCGUCUGGCGGACGGAAGUUCCUUUCCCUCAAUGUGCCGCCUACAGAUCGGAGUCCUACGGUCAUCGAAGAGGGACCUGGAGCGUCAAGACAUACGCUACGUGGGUGAAGGCUUACAAUGACGGUCUUCAAUCAAUGAUCAGUGACUUUAAGUCGAGUCACAGUGAUGUACGUUUACAUCUCUUGCACUAUUUUCAUAAAACUAACCUGGCCAUAGACUAUUAUCAUUCUGUACGAUACCUGGUCCUUUAUGUUCAAGAUCCUGGACGAUCCUCAACAUCGUCGUGGAUAUAUACAUAG